AUGGAAAUUCUAGCAGCAACCAGGCACACUCCAGGGGCGUCUUCUUCCAACGCUGCCCCGCCUGCUGCUGAGUGGAGCUUGGAGAGUUUCCUCCAACACCAUCCGGCUAAAUUCAGUGGAAAAUGCCUUCCUGAUGAGGCGGACCAGUGGCUGAGAGAUAUGGAGCGUAUUUACAAUGCUAAAAGGUGUCCGGAUGAAAGCCGCUUGGCUUUUACAGAGUACUUGCUGACUGGUGAAGCUAGCCACUGGUGGACGAGUAUGAAAGCCAUCUUAAUGGACGCUCAGAAUCCCAUCACCUGGGCAGUUUUCAGAGGUAAAUUUUAUGAGGAAUACUUCCCAGAUAGCGUUCGUUACGCUAAGGAAGUCGAGUUUCUUCAACUGACGCAAGGAGCAAAGUCUGUGUCGGAGUAUACCAACACCUUUAAACAUCUUUUGAGGUUCAAUACGAUGGCCACCAGUGAGGAGUGGCAGUGCAGGAAAUUUGAGAAUGGGCUGAGGAGUGAUCUGAAGGUGUUGAUCUCAAGUCUGUGUAUUCGAUCGUUUCCUGCCAUGGUUGAACGAGCGAAAGUAUUGGAGAAGAAUAUGACAGAGGCGGAAUGGCAAAAGAAGCAGCAACAAGUGAGUAGGGGACCGAUCGUGUCCAAGGGAGGAACUGUUCAGAGGAGACUUCCUUAUACUCAUCCAAACCAGCCUUCUCAUUGA